GUUGCACCAGAGCACGAUGGUCCGACAUCUCCGGUUGAAUCGGCGUUUUUGACCCAGAAAUUUGCACAGUCACAAGCCAUGCCGCAAGCCACGUGCUAGAGGUUAGGUAUGUGGCGACAUGUUCGCAUACCCAACCACAUCUCAGGCGUAUUUAAAGUUCGGCUACCCAAAACAGUCUAUCCUUCAGCACUGUUUAAUCAGGUACCGUGUAUCGCUGCGCCUUUUUUGAAUUACAUAUAACAAGUUCUACUCGCCUUUCCUUUCGGUCUCCGAUCCGCGAUAGCAAUAGUAAAUCAUCUCUAAUCAUCCCAUCUUUACAAUGGCGGUAAUCUGGGGUCUGGACCUCAAGGAGAUCCAAUGGUCGAAAUUCAAGAGCUCUAAUAUGUUUACGCCUGCAUAUCACCUUCGAAGGACGAAGAUGAUAGUUUACCAAAUCGCCAUGAUUUUCAUGGUCGUUUCUGAGUCAGUGGGUACCGCAGCAUUAUCCGGUAAAUAGAAUCCCACAAACCAUAUCAUUCUCAUUUCAGAUAUCUGACAUCUCUUCUCCAGAUUAUGUCGAUCAGCAAGACGGCAUCUCAGAACGAAGCCGAGGAAGAGCAAUGGUACACAACAACGACAUCGUGGGCGUGUUCUCCUAUAACAUCUUCGUCGGCAUCGCAGUAGCAACCAUCUUCGGAUCCGGUUUCUUCUUCGAUCUUUUCUGGCCCGAACGAAAAGAAACUCCACGUGUUCGACUCGCUUGGAAGAUUUCCUCUGUGGUGGUGUCAUUCAUGGCCCUCGCUGACCUCAUUGCCGUAACGGUUUGUCUCGUCAUGGCCCUCAGCUUGAGGUCUAGUGCUGACCUUCCCCUAUUAGGUCAUAGUAGCAACAAGACGUGCGUACAUCACCGGAGUUCCAGGAGUACAAGCACUUUUGUUUUUCAUCGCAAAUGGACCCCCCAAUCCAAUUUAUCGCAGAAACGCGUAUUGUGUUGCCUCGGCGGUCAUCGGAUGGGUAGGCGUGGUAGGUACUUUCGCCAGGUACGUCAAACUCUGAUUGAUCACUAUGUAAAGCAAAUACUAAAAAAUUCCAAGCACAUAUAUCAUGUGGAAAUCCAUUGACCAUGAUACGAAAUAUGGGCCUAAGUCUUCGAAGUUUCAAACAAGAAGAGAGGCCGAAAUGGCUCAACCUACUGGUGAUCAAGAUGUCACCAUGACCGUUUAGAAUCUAUAUAGAGCGUCAGAAACGAAUACAGCUUGUAAUUUCUUUAUUCUUUUCAUUGAAGAAAGCUAGGAUACCACCUAACUAAUUAAUAAUGACAAAACUACCACUUAUACACCAC